AUGCCCAUCACCCAGGACAACGCUCUGAGUCACCUCUUCUUGCUGGAGAGCUGGCUGGGGAGUCAGGCCACAGACACCGACCAAGAUGACGACGCGAAGGGCCCCGGGCAGGCGGCCCUUUGCCAGGCGGCCGCUCGUAAACUGGUGGCAUACAUUCAGCUGAACUUUAUCGAGGGCGAGGGUGACGCUGCCAACGGUGCCCUCAGGGAGGACGUGGACGCCGAGGUCCGGGCCGUCUGCCUCACCAAGGCGGAGGGCGACGGUCCCGAGUUCGGCCUCAGCUUCGGGAAUAUUCCGAUUUUCGGCGACCCGGAGGGGAGGAAGAAAGGUGGCAGGAGAAGGCGGCGGAAAGGGGACAAGGGCCCCGUGCUGGAAGUGGGGUGUAUCUGGGUGACGGAGGUUAAAAAGAUGAGUCCAGCGGCGCGCUGCGGUGACAUCAAACUGCGGGACGAGCUGUUGUCUCUCAACGGCCAGCUGAUGGUCGGAGUGGACGUCUCUGGAGCCAGUUACCUGGCUGACCAGUGCUGGAAUGGAGGUUGCAUCUACCUGAUCAUGUUGCGGAGAAUCAAGCGGAAAGCUCCUGUCCCGCCGUGCAAUGGCAUCACCGUCGGCGUCGGCGGCGUCGGCGUGGAAUCUUCCCGGGAACACCGCAGCAGCGUCUCCUCGGAGACCGCGGGAAGCCCCACGCAGAACGGCAAGCGCACGCGCAAGUUCGGCGUCAUCUCCCGGUCUUCUUUUACCAAAGACAGCAAAGACAGCAGCAAGGGGAGUCUGGAGAAUGGCUACGGCUCCGUGGAAAUGGAAGCCACGACCUCGGAGCCCAACACUCCACUGGCCACGCCCACAGAGGAGAGGCAGGUGAUUGGCUCGAAUGUCGCGGUUCCCAGUCACAUGACCGUAGGAAGUACGGCGACGUUGCCAUGCCGCUCACGCCUCUCAGACAGCUACAAGACAGAGUCACUGGGCAGCGAGCCUUCCAGUCAGUCAAGGGAAGGCAGUCGGAUUUGGAAGAUGCACAUGGUGAAAGGACAGGACGGAUUGGGAAUACAGAUUACGGGUGGCCGUGGAUCAAAACGUUCGCCUCACGGAAUCAUCGUAGCCCACGUGGAGGAGGGCGGAGCCACACAGAGGGACGGCAGGCUGAAGGCCGGGGACGAACUGUUGAUGAUCAACGGUCACUCUCUGGUCGGCCUCUCGCACCAGGAGGCCGUGGCCAUUCUCCGCUCCACCGCCGGACUGGUCCAACUGGUGGUGGCCAGCAGGGACGAGUCAGACAUCGACUUCCAUAAAUUCCCUUCUACCAGUUUGCCGGACCUGGUGAGCACGUGCACGUCCCAGGACGCGUCUCCGUCUCCCAGUGAGAAUAAGGAGAACAUGGAGCCGGAUGUGGAGGACGUGAGGGCCAGCAGCCUGUCUCUGCCCACCCAGGACUCCUUCACAGAGCUGGAGAACCUGGAGGAGCGAGGCCGGAUCGAGGGACCUAAAGGAUGCUGCCGUAGCCCCACGCCAAUGAAAUUCCGGAGUAGAUCCCAAGGCGGGGGGAGUCGUCUAGAGUCCGUCGGAGAGGACGACGAGCUGAUCGUGGAGAACGGAGACGCAGGAAGCGACACGGCAGACAAGCCGGCGAGAGGCAGACGCAAACACUCCCUGCCCCAGCAGCUGGACACCGUGGGCGUCAGACAGGAAUACCAGAUCGUAAAGAAAUCGGCACGUUCUCUGAGCACCGUUCAAGUGGAAUCACCGUGGCGACUGGCACAGCCGUCCAUUAUCUCAAACAUCGUGCUAAUGAAAGGGCAGGGCAAGGGUCUGGGGUUCAGUAUUGUCGGGGGUCAGGACUCCGCCCGCGGCAGAAUGGGCAUUUUUGUGAAAACCAUCUUCCCAAAUGGAGCUGCAGUGGCUGAUGGGCGACUGAAAGAAGGGGAUGAGAUUCUUGAGGUGAAUGGAGAGUCUCUCCAAGGCCUGACACACCAGCAGGCCAUUCAGACCUUCAAGCAACUGAAGAAGGGGGUUGUGACGUUGACGGUGCGGACACGCCUCCGUAGCCCCAGUCUGACACCCUGUCCCACCCCUACCCUGCUCAGCCGCUCCAGCUCGCCCAAUUCCAACACCAGUGGGGGGGGCACACCCGUACCCCCCGGUUUUGAGGAUGGGGACAGUCGAAAGGGGCCCGGCCCAAAAGAUCGCAUCAUCAUGGAGGUCACUCUGAAUAAAGAGCCCGGUGUGGGUUUGGGAAUCGGAGCAUGUUGUCUCACUCUGGAGAACAGCUCUCCGGGCAUUUACAUCCACAGUCUGGCUCCAGGUUCUGUUGCCAAAAUGGAUGGAAGACUCAGCCGCGGGGACCAGCUGUUGGAGGUGGACUCUGUGAGUUUGCGUCAUGCGGCUCUGAGUGAGGCCUAUGCCAUUCUGAGUGAAUGUGGACCAGGACCAGUCAGUCUGAUCAUCAGCCGACACCCCAACCCUAAAGUGUCCGAGCAAGAGAUGGAUGAUACGAUCGCUCGCUCCACUCACAGAGACGGCCUGAGUAAAGACAACCACUCCUCCCACACGCUGGGACUCCCGUCUAAGAGUUCCCCCACUGUGAGAACCAGGCAGGGGGAGGGAAACCCAGCGCUCAGCUGGACCAUGAAACGGUUCCUGGAGCCUGCCAGCCGGCAGGGUUCUCUGAGCUCGGAGGCGGAGCUUUCUCAGUACUUCUCCCAUGACGUGCCGAGUCAGUCGUCCCUGUCGGAAACCAUGGCGAUGGGAUCCAGCGAUGACGACAUGCUUCACAACAGGAGCCUCAGCACCUCACUGGACGAGCCAGGCACCCCUUCCCAUGCCUAUAAGGAUGGGCCCUGUGUGGACAGUAGCCCCGCCUACCCAGAGGCGUGCGGGAAAGUGUCUGGCUCUGUGGGCAGAAAUGACAUGCCGCGGCAGGCUAGCGUGGGAAGCAGUCCGUCGUCCGUACGAAGCCCCCUCCUCCGCCAGCGACGCAUCAUCUGCUACGAGGAUGAGCCUAGCGAUGACGAGAACUCCCCUGAUGACGGCAGCGGGAACGUCGGCCCGUUCCGACGCGUGCUCCGCGGCGUUCCCGACAACGGCCGAGUCCAAGAGGACGACUCGGGGAUUGUCAUGGCGACAUCUUCAUUAGAGGUGGAUGAGGAGAGCCAGGACGGUAGCGAAUGCCAUCGCGUGCCAGGCAGCGACGCGGCCACGCCCGUCUACGGCAGCUCGCUGGAGUCUGAGGACGGGCCGGGCCACGGGCCGCCCGGUGCCGAGUCCCCCUUCAUGCCCAUUCGCUGCUUUGACCACGGUGGCGGCGUGGCACCGGUGACCGGCGCCGGCCUGGGUGUGAGGAAGGAGCCCCACCGAGACGGAGGACAGCUGGAGUCCAAACGCUCACCCAAACUGGAGCACAAAGCCGUUACCCGCGUCAAAAGCAUGAUGAACAUCGUGAGUCCCAACCCGCCACACCGGACCAAGGCCGAAGAACCAGCGCCGGUACCGGCCCCCUCGCCGAGCAGCCAGGUCUCGGCCCGCCCACCCUGCCGCCCGCUGCACCACUGCAGGAAGGGGGAGCCCAGCGAACUGGCCGGAAUCUACACCAUCGAGACCGUGGUCCUCAGACGCAGCGAGACCGAGUCGUUUGGUCUGGACCUGGAGAUCAAGUCGUCUCCCCUGAAGGUUCUGAUCACCGGCCUGAGACCGGGAGGAGCUGCGGAGAGGGAGGGUUUGGGCAAGAUGAGCGUGGGUGAUGAGAUAGUUGCCAUCGGCGACACCCCCGUGUGUACCUCCACCUACCAGGAGAUAUGUGACCUGAUGCACAGCCUGCCAAUCACCCUGAGUUUAGAGAUUAAGAAACCAGUGUCAGCUGUAGGUCGGCUUUCCAGUUUGAUGAUGUCAUCCAGCUGUGAAAGCACCUCCAAAGCGGAAGCUACGAGAACCCCAUUGGAAGAGAGUAACGACCCGGACAGGAAAGAGAGUACGGAACGAGAAACCGCCCCUUCGGAUGCUAAUUCAAAACAGCAAGCAACGAACCACAGCAGCGAGGUGCCUGUCACCAACAUCGAUGAUGUCAUAACCGAACUGAGCUCUGAGGAACGCAGUGCGAACCCCAAACCUCAGACGGUUUCGCCCAUUAUCGACGCGGCUGCAGGUGGCCCGGAGAGAGGCAAAUUACAGGAAAAAGAGAGUCCAGCCCCGGCAUCGGGGCUGCUGGAUUUCUCUGCCUUAGAUUCAGAAAACAAAGGUUGCCUUUUGUCUGUUGGAAAGACAUUUUUAAACAGUUACUCUAGAAACUACAGUCAUCUGACAAAUGAUGACACCUCCCUCCCUGAGAAAGACUGUGAGGAGAAAGGAGGCACUCAGAUGUACCACAUGGUGGACAACAGUGACAGCGAAAGCGACUCUGCUGCGGACACUGUUGUCAAAGCGGAGACAGCGCGGUUACAGGACGCUGAUCCUCAGGUGACAGACUCUGAAGAGGAAGAGGUCGAGAUUUGUUACAGCACUGUGAGCCAGACGCAGUCAUUGCCAUUAAAGGAUGGCCCUCCCUCCUCUCCGCACAAUGCCGCAGACAGCCUGAAUGCUAAACAGGCUCGGCCCUUUGAUGUGCCGCAAAACCCCUCUCCGCCCGCCUCACAGGACAAAGACCGAGCCAAUGUUACCGCCCAGCCUGCUCCUCUCUCCGUUUUCCAGGACCCGUCGUCUUCCCGGUCCUCAGACAACUCCAGUUUAAAUGGAGAUGCUAAACAAGUCCCUGCAAAAGAGGACAUUACGUGUGCGUCCCAGAGAGAUGUUUCGCCUUCCCCUGGCGCAGGGUCCUCGGACUGUGGGGCCAGUGAGGCAUGUGAAAAGGUUUUGGCACCUGUCAAAACCAACCAGACACCAUCAAGUGUCGCCAGCCCCCCCGUGGCGCCAUCUAACCGCCAUGUCACCCCUAGGAGUCAAGAGAGGACAGCAAAGUUGUUUUCCAGCGCAUCAGUGGCUUCGGUGAAGUCUAAUAACGAGGAAACGCCGCUUAGCUCGACUAACUCAACUGUAGUGGAACCAAAUCCUUCAAAUCAGAGCAGUAACAAAUGCCACACAAGAGUAUCCACCACAGUGACUACAAGAGACAAGGACAAAGAGAAACUUCAGACUGGCCUGGACUCCUCUUCACCUCUAUCUCCGACCCAGAAUAACUUGACUGCACACGCACCCAGAACACCAGCAGCCAAGUCUGUGAGUGACAGUCCUGCCUCCCCUCCGCUGAACAGCAGGCUUAAGGUUAACGACAAAAAAAUGACUGCGAGCUCCAAACUGAAAGGUCUAACCAUUAAGAGCAAAUGCAGAACGCAGGACCAGACAGUCACAAGAUCUCCCAGAGCUGAAAGUCCUGUUCUGAAAAAACCUUCCAGCUCUCCCGUUCAGUCCCCCAAACUCCAGGCCAAAAAGACAACCCCGUCGGGUAGUCCAAAAACAACCCGAAAUCAAGAGAAAACGUGCGUGGGACUUAGUAAGUCAAGCGACCGAAGUCAAGAGAAAAGCCCUGCUAGUGUAUCUAGUUUGAUAAAGUCUAAUUCCACUGAUAGUGAAAAGGGCGAUCAGUGCCCCUCCCAGGGGCAACAGCUGGCUCAGACAAAAAAAAAGGAACGAGAGACCACAACACAAAGAACUUUCAUUGAAGUACGGCUCUCGUCAUCAUCCUCUCCCUCCUCCUCGUCAUCCACACCCGUACUGACACGCAAGGAAACUGUGAAUGGUUCUAACUCAAACCAGACCCCCACGAAGGUGUCUUCGGAGCUGAAAGAUGCUGUCGCGCACGCAGAGACCAGUCCAAGACUUUCUCUCGGCACAGAGUCCACCAACUCUGUGUGUGGGCGAGAUCAAAACAAUGGAGGGCUUAGUCCGGCCGAGACCGUCAGCAAGACGCAGUGCAUUUUAAGCAGCAGCCAAUCAGAGAAUGCUUUCAGGAGCUCUAACUUUGCGGAGGCCACUGAUAGCCUCAAGACCAGUCGGUCCAGGAUGUACCUGAAAGCGCUGGAGCGUAGGAGCUAUUCCACAGACUCCAGCGGCUGUCACAGCUCCAACCUUUUCUCCGUGCAGCAGAGGAUUAAGUCCUUUGAGAACUUGGCCAGCUUUGAGCGGCCAGUGGUCAGAUGUAUAGAUGUCCAGUCCUACGCUCUCAGCUCCAAACCGCCCCUGAACAGAAGGUUUUCGGGUUACAUGGGUUCCUCCUACGCACUGUCUGGUGACUCACGCUCCUUAAGAAGGAGCUUGAGUUCCUGUGUGGACAAUCUGAACUUGACUCCAUCGUCAUCUAUUCAGCUGCCGAAAGAACCCGUGAACGGAACCCUCACUAACUCAGCGCCCUCUAACGGCGUCUUAGGGCCACUGCUGGAGAAGAAGACGACAAGCGAGGGUGUUGUCGUGCCGCGGGUGGAUCCCACGCCACAGACGCCUCCGGUUCUACGUGCCAGGCAUUCCCGAGCUCACGGAGGCGUGUCGCGGACCCGACUGAGGGAACUCAGGGCCUUGAGCAUGCCGGAGCUGGAUAAGCUGUGCACUGAGGACUUUUCCAGUGAUCCAGACAACGUCACGUUCAAGACGGAGCUGGAAGUCCGGCCGCGGAGGACUCCGGACACUUCGUUAGAUAACUCACGGGCCACAGCGGUGACCAGGGUCAACAGGGUUGACUCUGGAGUGCCCAGGUCUGUGACAGGAGAGGACCAUCCUCAUGAGAAUACCACUGGCUUUUCAAACUGGUCCAUCUGUUUAAGAGAGCUGGAGACGUCCGCCACAGCCCAGAACAAAGUACAGGACGUUCUCAGUUCCCUCACAUCCAAAGUGGACGCGAAAGCCUUGGUAGAGAAGACGGCCUCUCUCUCUGAGGUUAAAGAGGACAUUUACUUUGUGGUUUUAACCAAAGAGGAAGGUUCAGGGCUGGGUUUCAGCAUCGCUGGAGGAGUGGACCUGGAGCAGAAGUCCAUCACAGUCCACCGAGUAUUCACCAAAGGGGUGGCUGGACUGGAAGGUACCAUUCAGCGGGGAGAUGGUGUACUCUCCAUAAACGGGACGUGUCUGAGUGGAACAACACAUGGUGAAGCGUUGUCCUGCCUGCACCAGGCCAGACUGUCCAGACAAGCCGUGGUGGUCAUUCAGAAAAGCAAAGACUCCGAGCCGGUUUCCUCCAGGCAGGAUUUCAGUCCCUCUCUGCCCUACAGGGAUCACAGCCAAGAGACUGGAGCCGUUGUGGAGGUGGGUCCGGACGGAGCGCUGAGUGUGGAGCUUCAGAAGACAGCAGCAGGCCUGGGCUUCAGCCUAGACGGAGGAAAAGCCUCCGCCCACGGAGACAGGCCGCUCAAUAUCAAGCGUAUUUUCAAAGGGGGCGCUGCUGAGCUGUCCAGGGUGAUUGACGUGGGCGACGAGGUUCUGGCCAUAAACGGAAGGUCAUUGCAGGGCCUUAUGCACUAUGACGCCUGGAACAUCAUUAAAGCGGUGUCAGACGGGCCUGUUCAACUGGUCAUCAGAAAACCACGGACUUCAGUAUGACAACUGGAUGUGUGUGUGUGUGUGUGUGUGUGGGAGUGUGUGUGUGUGAGUGCGUUCACAGUGCCAAAAUGAGGAUAAGAGGACUACCUGUCAUGGUAGAUAUGGGGACUUUUUGUGACUUUCUUUCCCCCAGCGCUGAUGGUGCUGAUGAUGUUUGGUUUCCUGUGGACUGUGGCAUCGUUGUUUUCGGUUUUAAAAUGUGGGUGUAAAAGGUGUGACUUUCUAUUUGUAGCAAAAGUCAAACACAGACACAUGCUGACACUUGAA